AUGGUCCGCUUACACAAUCUGAAGCGCAUUGGGGCUGAAUUCUAUGGUCUCGAUAUUAAUGCAAGGAGCAGCGCUUGUAGCAGUAGCAGUAGCAGAGAGGUGGAACCAAUAACUCUGUUUCCUAAACUGUCGCGUUUUGUUUUGGUGAAUAUGGGAAGUCUGGAGGAGUGGUUAGAUGCAAUGGUUCCCUCGGAUUCUUCUUCAUCAAUUAAAGUAUUCCCUAAUCUCCGAGACUUGAGAAUCUCAGGGCUCCCCAAGUUGGCUGUUUUACCAGAUAUGGAGAACUUGACAUCUCUUAAGGAGUUACAGAUAACGAGAUGCGGGAGUUUGGCUUGUAUAAGGAAUUUGAAUAGCCUCACAUCUCUUGAAUCCUUAUACUUAAGUGACUGCCCUGCUUUAUUAGAUGCUUCUCUAGAUAUGGAAAACCCCCAAUCCCUACGUAUUCUAGGCAUCUCAGGAUGUGAUAAGUUGAAUCCUUCGUUGAGUAAUAAUCUUGAGAAGUUCACGUCGCUCCAGCGGCUGACGAUCCGUUCUGAUGACCUUGGUUCUUGGCCAAUUAUGGUUCUCCACCAUCUGGCCAACCUCAGAUCGUUGGAACUCGGUGGCUUCUCUGACGACCAUGAUCAUUUCCCGUGGCCACACCCCAUCACCAAUCUCGUCUCUCUGGAGCGUCUUGUAUUGCGUGGAUGGCCAAAAAUCACGUCUCUCCCAGACCAAAUUCAGCAUCUCUCUACCUUGAGAACUUUAAAUAUGUGGGAGUUUGAGGGGUUGGAAGUUCUUCCAGAGUGGAUGGGUAGCCUUCGGAAUCUUCGAGAAUUGGAGAUUAAUAAUUGCUCUAACCUCAGACAAUUGCCCUCUGCAGAAGCAAUACGACACCUCACCAAUUUAAAUCAACUACGUAUCGCUAGGUGUCCUCUUUUAGCAGAGAGAUGCACCAAAGGAAGUAGCGCAGAGUGGCCCAAGAUUGCACACAUUCCCGAUGUUUAUAUCGAUGGAAAAGAAGUUUGA